GUCAUAUUCACUAGGUGAGCAGCAGUAGUGAAUGGUGGUGCUUUUGCUUCAGUAUUCAGUAUUUAGUCCGCUAGGAAACAUCAAUACAGAUGGGUACUAAAAAUAGCUAAACGUCAAGAAUACUAUAUUAAAGUAAAUAUUCAGCUCUCAUCUCCCCCUACAAAUAUAAUUAAGAAUAAUUUAGUACAAGAAAACAACAAAACCCAACAGACAUCAUCAUUAUUUUAUUUUUUUUAUUUUUUUUAAACAAUUUUAAAUAUUUGUGCGCUGUUAAUAAAAAAUAUACUUAAAUCGAAAUAAAAACGUACUCGUACUAAUUCGGAUUUGGAUUCGUGGUUUAACAUCUCUACACUCUAUGUAUCUCUAAUCAGCCACAAGAAUGGCAAGAAAUUAUCGACCGUUUUAAAGGACGUUAUGUGAAAAGUUUAGACAAUUUCCCACCGUUUCGUCGUUGCGUCUUCGUUGUCACCCACUAUCCACUAGAUUGCUAUACAUUUCCGCGUUUUUCUUUUUUGUGUUUUAAUUUAUUUUUGCAAUAUUUUAAUAUUCUGCUAUUGCAGAUAAAAGUGAUCUUUAAAGAAAAUAAUGCACUCGUUGUCAAAAAAGAAAACUGAGAAAAAUAUUCUGUAAAAGUUUGAUAGCAUGUUGAAAAUUUCAAUCGUAUAUGUACAUUUUUGAGUUCUUAAUUAUGUUUGUUUUUAUUUUUGUAAAUGUUUAAAUUUAAAUAAAAUAAUACAGAAUACGUUUGGAGCAUGUACAUAUGCAUACAAAAUGCAGUGUCUCAUCUUUUUGUGAAGAGUAAAUAAUUUUGUUGGUUGUUGAUUUUUAAGAUGAACAAAAAUAUAUAUCAAAAUGAAAUUUCAAAAACAUCAUAUUCAUAUCGUUUUAUCCCAAAAGAAAGAUUGUUAUCUUCGAGAAUCGGUAUAUCGGAUGUAGCCAGCAGCAAGAAAAUAAACUAAUUUAGUGCAAUAUGAUUAUAUUGAAUGCAAGCAGUACCUUUAUAAAGUAGUUUUUAAAUAAAAUUGUUAUUUUCUUCCAACUGGAAUUAAAAUAUUAAUAUAUUUAAACAAAAAAAACAACAAAUACAAAACAACAAGGCCAACAACAUGAUUUCAACGAUUUUAAUUCGAGUGUGUCUCAUUGGCUUUGGAAUAACAUUCUGUUGUAUAGAAUGUAUCCAUUUGGGAUUGAUUAACCCGAUUGAAGUGGUAGAGGAAUAUGGAUGUCAUGAUACUGAAUUAAGAUUAACAUGUGGCAAUUUGGACUCUAAAUUGGCAAUAUUAGAAGCAACAUUUACGCCUAAUUGUACACAUGAUGAAUGUCUACAUUUAGACAUGAAAAGACUUGUCAGAACAUUUGCAUCGGAAGAAAUAGAAGAAUCUAAAAAUGCAGAAAAAGAAGCAGGUCAAAAGUUCCUCGAAACACUGCGACAAAAUCAUUCCGACAAUGAGGAAGACACAGAUGUUGAAAUAUUAGAAGAUGCUGAAUUUAUAGAUGAAAAAACAAAUCGUAGCAAUAAUAAUAAUGGCCAAAAUAAAAAUCGAACGUCGCUACGGUUGGUUUUGGAGCGACUUAUAAUACGUUACUUGCGUAGAAUAUCUCCCGAAGAUGAACUAGAAGGGGGACGUUUUUCACGUUCUCUGCAUAAUACUACACCAACAGCAAACAAUCAUGACAUCCCUUCAUCGCCAGCACUUCUCAAUGAAACUAUUGAAACUACAGAGGACGACGAUAUUAUCCGUACACAAUCAGCUAGACCUCAUUGUGAGGAACAAGGAAGACAGAUCUCUUCUCUGAAUAGCUUGGAUCUGGAAAAAUCCUACAGGAAUCAGUCAGCAAACGAAUACAAUAUACGUAGAGUGCUGAACAAAAGAUGUUCGGGUAAAAAUCACUGCAGUUUUAUUUUUUCCAUUGACCACCCUUUUGCAAAAGUCUGGGAGGGUGGUGUUGUUCGUGUUAAAUACAUUUGUAUGGAAGACUUUAGAAUAAAUCGUUACUGUGGAGAACAUUUAACAAUAGGCUAUGAAAUAGAUCCAAAUAUUCAAAUUCUCGAUGUUGGUAAAGGUGAUCCAAAAGCCGAGGCAAGACUACAGCCACGUGAAACUGCCCUCCACUCACUUAAAAUAAUUAAGGCUGAUAAAAUUAAUGGUGCUGAACGUAACUUUAGUACGAGUGGAUCUAGAAAAUAUAAAACUUCUUCUCUGCCCUCAAUAAAACAAGAAGAAAUUUCAGCAGAUGGACAAAAAAACAGUAGAGUUUAUUCUCAGGAUUUUCGAGUUUUGAAAAUUCUUCCAAGUAAUCUUGAUGACUUCAAUGACAUAGAAACAAUAGGUAAUGAAAUUUUCUUUAAAAAAGACGACACAUCAACAGAACAUGUAACAAAUGCAAACGAACCAAGUUCAACCAUUUCAAAUUAUGAACAAGAUGAUACAACUCCUACAGAUAGGAUUCAUAAAACAGAUGAAAUUACUGAAAUAAAUGUUGUUGACAAGAACAAAACAAAAAAUGAAAGUUUAGGUGAAAUUGAAAAUCUAGAAAAUGUGACCAUGGUAAUACGAAAAGGAGCUCACUACAUAGUUUGGUCGAAUGCAACGCUUCAGAAUUUUUCAAUUAACGUUGCGGCAAAUGAAAUAGAUCAUGAAAAUGAUCAAGUGAUUAGCUCUAGCACUAGCACUCCCCAAAAUGAAGAAAAACAUGCUGAAAUUCUUGAAACACAUGAAGACAUUUCCGAAGAAGAAGAAAACAGCUCUCGUGUUACAUACAACAGUAUCCAAAGAACAUCUUAUAGAUCACCAUUGCUACACGGUUUUGCCAUGACACCAGGUUAUCCAAAAUUUUAUAUUGGUGAAUUUGACUGUCAUUGGGACAUACUUGCCCCAGAGGGUAUAAGAUUAUGGGUAACCAUCAUAGAUAAUUCUCUACGAUAUGAUGAAAUUUGUAAGGAUUUUCUUCAAAUUGAUGAUUUCGGUGCGAAUACAACAUUAUUUAAUAGCUGUACUGAAGCUGUUCAACCUAUUGGUGUUAUAAGCUCAUCGAAUUGGGUUAAAAUUAUUGUCAAAACAACUUCGAAAUUUGCAUUUCCUAAGAGAGGGGUAUUAUUACACUAUACGGCUGACAGUUGCGUGAAUCCACCACUUCCAACCCAUGUCAAACUUGUUGAAAGAACAUCAACCACAGCAUUCUACGAAUGCCAUCCCUCAUUUCUGUUCCCAGACUCUGGUCUAAGUACUCGUAAAUUAACCUGCAACAAUAUACACGUUUGGGAUAAAUUAUUACCCGAUUGCACUGAACAAGAAAACCUCACUGGGAGUGAAGAAAAAUUAACUUUAAUUAGCAAGAAACCAGAUUUGUCUGUUGUCACAAAAAUGCCCUCUAAAAACGAAGCUGAUAUGAUUACUGAUAUUAUCAUUCCAUGUGUUUUGAUUGCCGGCCUAUUUAUAAUCAAUGGAGCGAUUUUUGCUGUUAUCAUGAAAUACCGAAACAGCUGCCUAGGCUUUUAACAGUGAACAUUUUUAGCUUUGUUCCUUGUUAAAUCGCUACAAUGUACAACUUCUCUUUGUAUAGCUCUUCAAAUAAAAGUAAAAAACGAUCAUAAAACAUUGUUAAUUGCACAAGCUUUGGAAUUAAAAAAAGAAACAAUAAAAACAAUGGUAGUGGCUUAAUA